UUUGAUUGAUCAGUUUCUCUAUUCAUGAAGCAUUACGCUGUCAGUUAGCUUCUCACAGUGCAGGAAGUCCCAAUUCUGAAACUCCCGCACAUUAUGGCAGCGACCUCGAUGACCUACGUUGCGCAACAAGCCCGGCUGGUAUCUCUUCCCACCACCACCACGAGCAGCACCGUCGGCGCUGCUGGUAGCACCAGCGCCGUGACGUGCGGUUCAGACCCCGUCUCGUGCUGGCAGCGAUCCCCUUUCUCCCCUCGUUGCAGCUCAGCCAGGCCUCUUCUCGCUACUGCUCCUUCCAGCCAAUCUCACCAUAUCCACAGAUUGGAACGAGCGGACAAUCUCCUUCGAAGCAGUUCGUCUCGUCGCUGUCAGCCGCCGUCUAGAAGGUCGGUCGCCCGGGUCCGAGCGGCUAAGGAUAAAGCCGCUGGGAAGAGCAAGGGAGGGAGCGGGAAGGACGUUAGCGAUCAAGAGCUGGUCAAGGUUGUGGUGCACCAGUCACAGGAGCCUAAGAACCUCGUCAGCGAGCAAUCCACUGCCUUCUCGUUUCUUGAGCGGCUACCGCUACCCACCGAAUCAGCAGCAUGGUGGACGGCUGGCGGAGUGGCAGCAGGCGCGCUGGCUGUGAUAGGGGUCAGCGCGGUGCUGAUACGGAGAGCCAGGGGAGAGGAGGAGAGGCCCGUGGACUCGCUAGCUCGCCGAGGGUUCAUUGCGGCUGACAGAUCUGUGCCGUUGCGCGUGAUCCGGGAGUUCGACGACCCCACGUCCGUGCGGAACUACCGCAUCGGCAACGCCACUCUGGUGGAGCUGGAGCCGCUGCCGCCGCUGACGAGCGAGAAGAUGGAGUACCACCGGCAGCAACGGCGCAAGGAGCAUGGGUGGAAGAAGCCGGAGCUGGUGCUGGUGGAAGGGGACCCAGUGCCCGAGGGCGUGGAUCCCAUGACGGUGCGGUUCAUCCCGCGGAGACACCCGUUCUCGCUCAACCAGGGCGAGGGUGAGGAGGAGUUGUCUGAAGAGGUUGCUCGGCGGCGACUCAUGCAGCGACGGGGCCGACCAGAGAAGGAGCAGGAGAGGAGUAGGAGGCAGCUGGAGAGGUUGAGGCGGGAAGUGGAGGAGAAAGAUCGGUUAGAACGCGAGGAAAGGGAGAGGAAUCUGUUAGAAGGAAGUGUUAGACCUGUUGCUUCAACAGGCGAUACAUCAUGAAAUGUGUAAGGGUGGUGAGAAUGCACCGGCUGACCACUGAUAACCGUCCAUUACGUUUUGCCGAGUUUGUGUAUCAAUCAACCGUUUUACGGUACUUGUCAUUUUUCCCGUGG